AUGCUAAAUCUUGAUAAUUGGUUAAUUAAGACAAAAAAAAGCCCUGGAAAAUCAAAAGAAAUAGAGGUUAUCAAAGAUGUCAAUACUGUUUCUGGAAAAGGUAUUAAUAAGAGCGAUGGAAAAGUUUUAAGAAAGAAAAGUGUGAAGAUUAAAUCUGAAAAAAGGAGUCAUGUUGAAAAUGAUGAAAAAAAAAUGCUUGAAGUUAGUAAAAUGGUUUUAUCAGAAGAGUUUUCAAAUAUGGAAAAUAAGGAAAAAGCUGAAUUUGUACUUCGAAAGAUCUUUCGUCAUAAUGAAUUUAGAACUAAAGAUCAAGAAGAAGCUAUUAUCAGUGCCAUUGCUAGAGACUCUGACAUUUAUAUUUCUUUUCCAACAGGUGCUGGAAAAAGUCUUUGUUAUCAAUUACCAGCAUUGUGUAAACUUGGAGUAACAAUUGUAUUCUCACCAUUACUUGCUUUAAUUCAAGAUCAAGUAUUGGCAUUACAAGCGAAAAUGAUAAAAUGUUGUUCAUGGAAUUCUACAUUGACAAUUGAUGAACGAUCAUAUAUAUCAAAAGAUCUUUUUUCCUCAUCACCAAAAUAUCAGAUUAUUUAUACAACUCCGGAAUCUGCACAAACUGAAUUUUUUCAAACAAUGUUAAAAAAAUUACAUACGAACAAUUUACUUAAUUAUUUAGUUGUUGAUGAAGCUCAUUGUAUAAGUCAAUGGGGACAUGAUUUUCGUCCAAAAUACUCUAAAUUAUCAUCAUUAAGAAGUCUUGCUCCCGAUGUACCAUGGAUUGCUCUUACUGCUACAGCUAGUUCUGCAGUUGAAGAAGAUAUAAAAACACAACUAAUGUUUAAAAAUUAUAAGUCUUUUAAGACAUCUCCAUAUAGAUGCAAUUUAUUUUAUGAUGUUAUUACAGAGGGACAAUUAAAAAGAGAAGCUUUAAUGAAUGAAAAAGAAGAUGUGAAAAUGGAAGAUGAUGUCAAUAUUAAAUCUCAUAUUGCUAUUUACAUAAAAGAAAUAAAGGAGAAGUUAAUAAAAGAAAAUGGUAGCGAUUUUAAAGAAUAUGGAGGAAUCGUCUAUUGUAGAUCAAGAAGUUUAUGCGAAGAAAUAACAGAUUAUUUGAUUUCAAAAGAUAUUUUAGCAGCAGCUUACCAUGCAAGAUUAAAGAAAAAAGACAAAGUUGAAGUUCAACAAAAAUGGAUGAGGAACGAAAUUUCUGUAAUAUGUGCAACGAUUGCUUUUGGUAUGGGUAUUGAUAAGGCAGAUGUUCGAUUUGUAAUUCAUCUUGGAUCACCAAAUGAUUUAGCUUCUUAUUAUCAAGAAAGUGGAAGAGCGGGUAGAGAUGGAAAAAAAAGUUAUUGUAGAAUUUAUCUUUCUGAUGAAACGCUUGAACAAGCUAAGUUUUUUAAAAGUAUUAGUUUAAAAAGAAUACUAUGUAGUAAGACAAGUGAGGAACAAAAAAGAGCAAAAAAGGAUAAUCUUAACUAUUCAUAUCAAAAGAUGAGAGAAUAUUGUGAAAAAGAUGAAUGUAGGCAUAAAAUGUUAUGUAGUUAUUUUGGUGAAGUUAGACGAGUACCAUGUGUUACUAAUUGUGAUGUUUGUAUAAAUGCAAGAAAUUGCAAGGAAAAUAUUAUAGGAGGAAGAAAAGGUUUAAAAAGACCUUCUUCUGAAAAAUCAAUAUUAGAAUACACUUCAGAACUGGCAAAAAGAUUCCACCAUUCAUCGGAUCUUGCAACAAUUAAAACUUUCAAAGGUUCCUUACAAGCAAUAUCAGGAAUUUCAAAAGCUUCUUCUUUCGCAAAUGGAAGAGACCUUUUUAGUCAAAUUAAUUUUCGACGGCCAUAG